CAUAACAUAUUCUAUAAUAAUAUAUGCAGAAUUUGCAUCAUUACUAAUAGAUCGUUCAGUCGGAAUUGGUACUUCCUCGCCUGCCACGAUUUUGCAACUUUUUGGAGGCGGUACUAAACUAACAAACACCUCUAGAGAAGAAAAUCUACAGGCUAUUAGAGAUGAUGCUUUAGCAUUUGGAAUAGCUAGUUUAAUUGGAGCUUUAUUGGAAUGGUUGUUUUUAGCCGUUGCAGUUGAUAUAUUUAAUUAUGUUGCGUUGAAACAGAUUGGGAAAAUAUGCAAACUCUUUUUGGAAUCAAUCCUCCGUCAAGAUAUGUCUUGGUAUGAUACAACCUCGGAAAAUAAUUUUGCGAGUAAAUUAACAGAAGAUCUGGAUAAGAUUAAAGAUGGCAUGGGAGAGAAGAUUGGAAUUUUUAUAUUUCUAAUAAUGACAUUUGUUAGUGGUAUUAUCACUUCCUUCUUCUAUAGCUGGGAAAUGACUUUGGUCGAUAUUAUUUGUUGUCCUCUUCUCAUAAUCUCUACAGUUAUGCUUACCAAAAUACAAAGUUCCCUCACUAAAAAGGAAUUAAAGUCAUAUUCUACAGCUGGAACUAUAGCUGAGGAAGUAUUCUCUGGUAUUCGUACUGUAUUCGCCUUCAGUGGUGAACAAAAGGAAUCUGAGAGGUUCGAAAAAUUACUUAUUCCCGCUGAGAACAUUGGCCGGAAAAAGGGUCUGUAUUCUGGUAUAAGUGCAGGAAUAAUGUGGCUUAAUUUUCAUUGCCUUUACGCUCUUUCUUUAUGGUAUGGUGCAAAGCUUAUACUUGCUGAACGUGAUGAAGAUAUUAAACACUACACUCCAGCUGUUUUAAUCAUUAUUGUUUUUAGCAUAUUAUUGGGUUCUCGAAAUUUUGGUUUUGCAUCGCAGCAUUUAGAGACAUUCAAUGCAGCGAAAGGAGCUUCACAAAAUAUUUUUUCAACUAUACAACGUAAAUCAGCUAUAGAUUUUCUAGACGAAAGUGGUUUAAAACCUUUCAAUGUCGUUGGAAAUAUUUCUUUUGAUAAAAUUUAUUUUCAUUACCCUGCACGUGGAGAUGUAGGAAUUCUAAACAGUUUUUCAUUAAACAUUAAAGCUGGUCAAACUGUAGCUUUGGUUGGUGCUUCAGGUUGUGGCAAAUCAACCAUAUUACAAUUAAUACAACGUUUUUAUGAUCCCCUAAAUGGAACAGUUCGAUUAGAUGGUAUAAAUAUUAAAGAUUUAAAUGUGAGUUGGUUACGUUCCCAAAUUGGUGUGGUUGGACAAGAACCUGAUCUGUUUGCAACAACAAUUGAGGAGAAUAUUCGUUAUGGAAAUCUAUCAGCAAGUGUAGAAGAUAUACAAAAAGCUGCACGUAUGGCAAAUUGUCAUGAUUUUAUAAGUAAAUUACCAAAUGGUUAUGACACAUUGGUUGGAGAGAGAGGUGCUCAAAUGUCCGGUGGACAGAAACAACGUAUUGCUAUUGCACGUGCUCUAGUACGUAAUCCAAAAAUUUUACUUUUGGAUGAAGCCACUUCUGCAUUAGAUUCCUCAUCUGAAAAACAAGUGCAGGACGCUUUAGAAGAUGCUAGUAAAAAUAGAACCACAUUUAUAGUAUCACAUCGAUUAUCUACAAUAACUAAGGCCGAUUUCAUUAUAUUCGUUAAGGAUGGUGCGGUUGUUGAACAGGGAGCUCAUCAAGAACUGAUGGAGAAAAAAGGAUUUUACUUUCAACUUGUAAAUAUAAAUAAAAGGAAAGAAGAAGUAGAAGCUGACGCAAAUGAAGCUAAUAUGAUCAAUUCAAAUUCUGGAAACAAAGUAAUUCCUGAGCAAGAUUUUGAAAAUUAUAACAGUUGCAAUGGGAAAUUACCACAAGACAUACCCACAAGUGGUAAAAGAAAAUCAAUUGAGGAAAAGGAGCUUGAAAAAUACAAAGUUUCCUUCACGGAAUUAAUGAAAUUAAAUGCACCUGAAUGGCCUUUUUUACUGGCUGGAUGUAUAGCAGCAAUAAUACAUGGAUCUACUUUUUCCGCUUUUGCUAUAAUUUUCGGUGACUAUUUUGGAGUUUUGUCCGACACGAAUUCAGAUUUCGUACAAUCCCAAAUUAACGUAAUUUCAUGCAUCUUUAUUAUAAUAGGCAUAAUUGCAGGAUUAGGAAUAUUAAUACAAAAUUAUAUGCUCAAUAUCGCGGGAGUAAAGAUGACAUCUCGUCUUCGUAAACUAGUUUUCAGGACAAUUAUUAAUCAAGAAACUGCAUACUUUGAUGAUAAAAAAAAUUCUGUGGGUGCUUUGUGUGCUCGAUUAUCAAGUGAUUGUUCAAAUAUUCAAAGUGCUACUGGCGCAAGAAUUGGAAUGAUCGUUCAGGCACUAUCGACACUAAGUCUCAGUAUUAUUGUAGCUUUUAUUUACUCAUGGAAUUUAACUUUAGUUACAAUCUUCACCGUGCCUGCUGUUUGUUUAUCGGUAUUUUUUGAGGCAAGGUUUAUAGAAUCAAGUGCACUUGCUGAAAAGCUUGCCAUCGAAAAUGCUUCACAAGUAGCAGUUGAAGCGAUUUCAAACAUACGUACUGUAGCCAGUUUGGGAUUGGAAAGAAAUGCACUGAGUCGCUAUAAUGAGCAAAUCGAUCAUGCCGAAGUAGUUUGUCGCAGAAAGGUUAGAUUUCGAGGAAUUGUAUAUGGUUUAGGACAAGCAUCACCUUUCUUUGCAUAUGGUGUGUCACUUUAUUACGGAGGAUUGUUAGUUGCUAAUGAAGUUUUGGCAUAUGAAGACGUUAUAAAAGUAACAGAAGCUUUAGUAUUCAGUUCGUGGAUGUUGGGACAUGCUUUAGCAUACUCACCAAAUGUAGGGGCCGCUAUGUUAUCUGCUGGAAGACUAUUGACUUUAUUAAAGAGACCUCCGGCAAUGCAAAUGGAAACAAACAAAAGUCUUAAAGCAACUGAGAAAAUAGAUGGUGAUAUUACAUACGAAAAUAUUAACUUUCAAUAUCCAACAAAAAAAGGUUUACAAAUAUUACAAAAUCUUAACUUGGAUAUUAAAAGUGGAACCACUGUAGCAUUAGUGGGACCUUCUGGAUCUGGUAAAUCGACAUGCGUACAACUUUUACUUCGUUAUUAUGAUCCAAAUAGUGGUUCAAUCAAUAUAAAUGGUAUACCAACUACAGAAUAUUCAAUAGAUAGUUUGCGUUCAAGCUUAGGUCUAGUAUCUCAAGAACCUGUAUUAUUCGAUCGAACAAUUGCAGAAAAUAUUGCUUAUGGAAAUAACUUUCGUGAUGACAUGCCUAUGGCUGAGAUAAUGGAAGCUGCGAAGAAAGCGAAUAUUCAUAAUUUCAUUGUUUCCUUACCUCAAGGUUAUAGUACUUCCUUAGGCAGUAAAGGCGCACAAUUAUCCGGUGGUCAAAAGCAACGCAUUGCCAUCGCAAGAGCUUUGUUAAGAAAUCCAAAGACACUUAUUUUGGAUGAAGCCACAUCUGCGUUAGAUUUGGAAAGUGAAAAAGUGGUUCAGGAAGCUUUGGAUGCUGCUCGAAGCGGUAGAACUUGUAUAACAAUAGCCCACCGCCUUACAACAGUACGAGAUGCAAACAUGAUAUAUGUUUUAAGAAAAGGUUUAAUAGUAGAAAAAGGAACACAUAAGGAACUGAUGAUGCUCAAUGGAAUGUAUGCUAAACUUUAUAUAAUGCAACAAGUCUCAUAGUGAUUGUUUUUAAUUUAUCAGAUGUACCAAUCAGACUUACAAGUUUUUAUAUAAUUUUAUGUAUAAUUACCCAGACUGUUAUUGUUUGUAUAGAUAAUUUAUGUGAUUGAGAAAUUAUACGUUAUUCUUUAAUUUAAGGUUAAAAACUAUUUUUUCAAAAAUUAAAAAAUAUAACUAAUUAUAAGUUAUUAAAACAUCCACUUUAAAGUAUGAACUGAGUAUUAUAACGAUAAACUCAGUUCUUCUAAAGCUUGAGAUAUGCUUUUCUAACUAUCUUACUACUGUUGUAGUAUUGUUAACAUGUUACAUAGAUUUAUCGAUAGUCUAUUUAUGGACUAAUGCCUGGAUUAUAAACCACUCAUCUGUUAGAUCUAUAAGUCAUAUGUAUUAGAACUUGUUUAUUUUACAUGGCAUUACUUAGUAAGGUCUCGUAUAUACCAAUUGAAUCAAGAUUUCAUAUUUAUAAAAGAUUUUUAUAAAGAACUUACAAAAAGAAAUUCAAUUAUGUUCA